UCUCUCUUUUGUAUGAUCAACCAUGGGAAGUGAAGUUAUAAACCUGACAAAACCACGUUUUGAUCUAAGCAUGUCGAAAAGAACUCGAAAACCAUGGUCUAGUCUCAACAGUGAUAUGCAUCACCAAGAUAUAUCCACACAAAGCUCACAACCGAAACCAGACGAUGACAAAGAACAAGAUGAAAUCGAAGACAAAGAAAUUGAUCGUAAGAGUUUGAACAACCUGAUGAGAUGCGAGGAGAAAUCGAAUGGAGAAGCUAAUAAUGGUAACAACAAGAGCUCCCUAGGUCAACAUUUCGGGGAUGACGAGGGGAUCAAGCAGACGAUGCAAUUGGUGGUGAAGAAAGAGAAGCAAGGUGGUGUGAAAUUCAAAGGUAUGAUGGGUCGUUAUGUUAAGGUGUGGAGCGGUUUGAUAAAAGCCAAACGUACUGAUCGCAAAACGCCGGUCUUACGGUUCAAAACUUGAUUUCCCAAUUCACAUCGUAUAUACGCACGUUUCAUGUACGUGAUCACAUUCACAUAUACGUGUAUCUCUAUACAUUACGUACACAAUUAGUUACUAGAUAUGUUUUACGUACGUACGGUAUUAUUGAUGUGCACGUAUGUUGUUGUCGUAUUGGUUUUGACUUUUCUUCUUUUUUUGAUAUGGAUUGGUUUUAACUUUUGAGAUUGUAAUUAGCACUAUCUAUAUACACGAACCUCUUUUUUGG